AUGGAUCCUCAUAACUCUCGCGACAACAACAUCGGCCAGCAUGCCCAAGAUCAAGCUCUUGACACCUUACGGCCAAGCAGCAAUGUGGACAUUCCAAACGCCAUCGACCAGGAUGAUGUCUCUAACAAUUUGCCCGUGCCAGCUCCUGCACAGUCCGCAAAGGGAUCUCCUAUCAGCAGAUCUGAGUCACCAGAAGCACGCACAAAACAGACAGAUGCUAAGCCACAUUCUCAAGGACUAAAAGUGCCUCCCGGUAGAACCAUCCACUACAGCACGGAGACCCAGACGUACAGGGUUGGGAUUAAAUUCGACGACAGCGCUUCAAGCAAAUCUCGGACCUCAAAAAAGCGAGUCUACGAAAAGCUCAACUUGGCACCCCUGGACUCAGCGAACAAUUCAACGGCGCAAGGUACUCCUAAGACAGAAAGCCAAAAGCCGGGUCAAAUCGAACUUGAACUGCUUCGAAGCGCCUGUAUUCCUGAUGGCGAAGAAUUACCCGAUGAUCCUAUUGUGCAGGCUCUCGCACGUGAUCCGGCCGCUGUGAAUUCUCUGCCAACCGGAGAACAAGACGUACAAAGCCAAGCAGCGAAGGAAGAUGACUCCGAUGCUCAGCAGAAGGAGAGUUCAUCCGGCAGAGGGAAGUAUCUUGACGCCACCGUCCCGCCUUUGUCGGAUAUCUACCGCAUUUUCGACCUUAUCACUCAACAUGCUGUUGGUGAGGGUCUGCUCGAUGCAUGUGCACCCUUCGGAGAUGGCGGCAUCAGAGUGCUCACUAUGUGCUCCGGCACAGAGAGCCCGUUCGUCGCUAUGGACCUUGUUCGGAAGUGUUUGUCUUCACAAGGGAACGGCGGUAGAUUCAAGUAUCAGCAGCUUGGGAGUGCCGAGAUCGAGCCUUUCAAACAAGCAUUCAUCGAAAGGAACUUCAGUCCGCCCGUAAUUUUUCGGGACGUCACGGAGUUCGGUCCCCAUGCGCAAAACCCAGAAAACGAAGACUACCUGCCAGUCACGGCCUACGGAGCACGCUACAGACCUCCCAGCGAUGUCCAUAUCUUGAUUGCCGGUUCAUCAUGCGUCGACUACUCCGCUUUGAACAAUGCUAAGGGCGAGUGGAAAGGGCAACGCGGCGAGGGAGAGUCCGCAAGGACUAUGGAUGGCAUCGGUGCAUACGCAAAGAUGUACAAACCAACCAUUCUCAUCGUUGAAAAUGUCGAGAACGCUCCGUGGAACGAGAUCAAGAGCUUUUGGCGCAAGAAAGGGUACGAAUCUGUGAUCGUGAAACUGGAUACCGCCGAUUACUAUCUUCCACAAACCCGGAAUAGAGGCUACCUGCUCGGCAUACACAUAGAGCGAGCCGAAGAAAUGGGAUUCGACAUUGAAAAAGCUCAUAAGGAAUGGGUCACGCUGAUGGCCGGGUUUCAACGCCGCGCUUCAUCCUCGUAUAGUGACUUCAUCUUCCGCCAUAACGAUCCGGGUCUACAGCUUGCCAAGCACGCUGGCGAUGACAGCAGCAGCAAAUCAAAGGGAGGCUCGACAGCCUGGACCAAUUGUCGAAAGCGGCAUAUUACCGCUCGCGUGCACGAUGGCCUCGGGGUGGGCACUCCCUUCACAAAACGCCGCGGAAACACCAAACCAAAACUCGAUGAUUAUGCCGACCAAAGCUGGGCGCUUCGUCAAAGCAAGAGAGUUCUGGAUGUUCUUGAUAUCCAUCAGCUCUAUAACGUUGCGGUAAGAGAUUUUGAUAUGAGAUACAAGCACAGAAAUAUCAACGUCUCCCAGAAUAUCGACCGGGACACAGAUCGUCGCCAGUGGGGUAUUGUUGGAUGCAUUACACCGAGCGGAUGCCUGUUUGACACCCGACGAGGUGCUCCGUUAUCUGGACUAGAGAUACUCUCCUUGCAAGGAUUCCCAAACAGAGAACUGGACCUAGGAAAGCACACUUCAAAGCAGCUUCAAGACUUGGCUGGAAAUGCAAUGUCGACCACAGUCAUCGGAGCAGCAAUACUAAGUGCUAUCAUUGCAUGUCACAAAACUUCCGGACAAGAUUCCAGCAUAUUCCCGGCUUACAUCGACCAGGAAAUGAGCAAACCACAACUCGGUUCUCCUCGAGAAGUGAACAUUGGGAAAACCUUGGAAACGGAGAUUGAAAAGGAAAAUCUGGAAGACAUCGUCGAAACGUGGUCGGGUGCUUACAAUAAAGAGUCUUUGGGCGAGAUCGUCCGUCUUGCUGUGGAUCUCCAACCGCUGUGUCUUUGCGAGGGACUUCAUCGACGUAGCAGACACGGGCUAUUGUUUUGUCCAGAAUGCUACUACACAUGCUGCAAGGGCUGUAACAGAGACACGCAUGGGCAGCAGAAAUUGAGCCACCUGGCGGAUCCACAAGCAGACCGACCCGUUGCGAACACAUUUGUGAGGUAUUUGACUAAACUGCUCCCUCCCGUCAUCCAAAAUCGACGUCCGGACGAUCAACCACAGCUUUUCAACAGUGAAAUCUUCAAGUCAGCGAGGCAUCGAAUCUUGGAAGCUCUUCAAAGUAGGGUCCAAUUCCACGAGAUCAGAUUUGAGAGCUCUUGGAAGGCUGUGUACGAGUCCCCGAGUUGCCGUCUGGAGCUCGAAUUCGUCCAGAAGCGCUAUAUGUGUGAUCCUUGUCUAUCCCACGAGCAAUCAAACAAGCCGCAACUCCAUCUCGAUGCCACGCCCCAGUGGCUGCUAUUCGCUAAAGCUCCGGAAGAUGAGCCUGCAAACAGCGCCAUACGAAAUUUGUUUCGAUAUCCUGUGGCCAGAAUGCAGCCUCAUGCAAACCUCUUCGACGGCGAGUGGAAGUAUUGGAACGGGUACUCAAAAGAUUUCAAGCUUCAUAUCAUUGGCAAAGGUGCGCAAGUCAAGUCAUGGGAGCAGAAUCUAGGCAUCGAAGCCAAGCCGUUUGCCCAGCUAAACGCCUUCUCAACUCUCCAAGUCAGUCCUUCGAGUGCUCCCCAACAGGAACAAUGCUCGGUUUUUGAUGGAGUCGUUGGAGAAUACAAGCUGCUCCAGGGAUGUCCCGCUCCCAACGGCACUUUGCAUCGAAGAGUAGCCCCGUCGUCUUCCGAAGCACCAACAUUUUUGUUUCUGCAAUCUGGUCCUCUGAGUGAUCCGUACCUUGAUCGUGUGGUGUUCUCAACUCAACCAUCUCGACGAGAUCUGAAAGACGACAGCACGGCCCUUGUCAGCCUCGACGCUUCUUGGAGACCUGUUGCUACAAUCGAAUUAGCCAAGGGUAUGGAUAUCGACUGUGAGGUGGUGAGUCAAUGGUCAGCCUGUCAAGGGCAGGUUAUGGAGAUACCAGAUGACGAAAACACCAUUCGUAGGUGGUGUCUGGCUUCAGGAAUGAGUCCAAACUUCGCCAAGGACUGCACACAGAGUCAGUCAACUAUCUUGCUCCUGGACUUGAGCUUUGAUAUAAAUGCUGUCCAGAGAAUACAGUAUCGCCGAGACCUUCGCAUUGAUCUAGAACGGGAACCUGAAGCAUUGAGCGAGUUUGCAUGGAUUCUGUCCCAUGCAACCAAUAUCCCUCUACUUAGCAAGGGUUGGCAGCCGAUUAAUGAUCUCGAAAUUGCUACGUGCACCGACUGCUACCCUUCGGCACCCUCACUCAGAUGGAUUGCGAAAGAUACCAAGGGCAAAACCCCACCGAAAAUUGUCGCCGUUGAGAGUCCACUCGAGGCUGCGAAAUAUGAGCGCCUCCUGAAAAUGAGACCCAAGCCAGCAAUGGCACUCUUGCAAAUGAUCGACGACAGAGUCAUGCUGAAAGUCGUGGCAAAUGUCAAAACCAUGGCACAUCGCGCAAUCACACAGCUAUUGCGUCCCGACCAGCCCACCCCCACCCUCAAAUCUCUGGAAUGGCGGAUAGAUUCUUAUGACCGCUUUGCACCUCCGCAAGACUUUGCCACUCUGCAGCUUUUGUCCAACGAGCAAGACCACGUCGAUCCACAAAUAGACAUCGACUUACGUCUAAAGCGCCAACUGUGGCCCACACAAUCUCGCGCCCUUGCUUGGAUGUAUUCUCAAGAAAACAACCCGCCAGAAUGGGACGAAGUAUCUUUGGUCGAGUCUUGCCUGCCUGCAGUAGGAUGGAGACUUGAAACAAAAGCUCUCCUGCCGAAUCCUCAAGUCCGCGGUGGCAUUAUCGCCGACGAUGUAGGGGCUGGCAAAACCACCACCUCUCUUGCCUUGGUCGAGUUAGACUAUCAACGGUCUGCGACAGCAUUCAACAGUGACUCUCAAUUGACAAAAUUCCACUCUGACGCUACAUUGAUACUGGUACCCAGAAAUAUUGUCAAGCAAUGGGCGUCUGAGAUCGCUAAUACUUUAAGAUGGGAACAGCUCGACAGCAGCCGUCGCAAGCGCCCGACUACAGGCCCAUAUUAUAUUGUCGUCGACACUGUUAAGAAAUUACAGACUUAUUCUCAUGAGGAAAUCUGCUCGGCGAGACUUAUCCUGGCUCCUUGGGACAUGUUCCAAGACAAAAGCUACCUGGACUUUUUGCGUAAGAUCGCUUGCUCUCCGUGCUUCCCGGGGGAGCCUGGUCGGGCUUUCCAAGAGUGGCUAAGCGUAGCCAUGUCAAACCUGGGCUCGUGCGUUGAAGGUAUGGUAGAGGACGAUGCCCAGUUCUGGAGCAAGUGGGCUGAAGUCAAAUCGAGAACCGCGGCGGAAGCCAGGUACGAGCCAUUUCAUGGAUUUGCAUCUCGCGCUGCCAACAGAGCAAUUGCCAAAGCAGAUCGUGAAGCAAAGAAAAAGAAGGCAGCAGAAGCCAUCAGCGAUGAGGAUGACAACGUCGCAGCUGAGGAAGGCUCAGGCCAUGCACCCACAUCCAAAAAUCCUGAAUCCCGGCCAGAUACUGAUGCAAACACCAAUGACCAUCACGACGAAGUCUCAGAAGGUGAGGAUCAGGAGAAGAAACAAGCUCCUUCGAAACAGCGUCAAAAGGUCGUUGCAAAAUCCGCCACUAAGGAACCAGUGAUGGCAGUUGAUGAAACCCUCUGCAAGGAACUGGAUGCCUUCGAAAAGAAUGGCAAAAUUCCGGUCCUCCUGCACAUGUUCGCAUUUCGGAGACUUAUUGUGGAUGAAUUCACCUAUGUCCACGGCCAGACAUUGCUGGCUCUUCUACAACUUAACGCAUCUGCAAGAUGGCUGCUUUCCGGCACACCGCCUAUUCACGAUUAUGACAACGUCAAUACAAUGGCCAAAUUGUUGGGUACGCAGAUUGCAGCGUACGAUGAGAAAGAAGGCAAGUUUGAAUUUGGACAAGAUCGGUCAAAAAUGAUCAGAGGCAAAAGUGACGCACAAGUAUUCCACUCAUAUCAAGACAUCGCUUCACCGGCAUACAAGAGACAGGUAUAUGGACUUGCACAAGAGUUUGCGUCAAAAUUCAUUCGAAAAAACGAGAUUUCGAAACGAGGUCUCGUAAGACAAAGAAACCUCUACCAAUUUCGACCCACUCCUUCCGAGCUUAUCACAUAUUCGGACGUCAGCCAACUCGCUAUGGAUCCAGAUCGGACUUUCAACAAAAAGGUCACGAAAGCGAACAUCACAGAUGAUCUGGAAGAACCCGAAUUUGUCCAUAUGCUGACGAACUUAGUCGAGCAAGCGAGCGGGCCGGUCGAAGCUCAGUUGUGCUCGAGUGUAAUGCUUGAAAAAGUCCAAAGUAUUAUGCUCGAAUCAAACGGCCAAAGUGAGUCGGACGUCUUGGAGACCCUCAUCGACGUCGAGGUGCAGAGAUUGACCAGUUUACUCAACGAACAAAGAGAGUUUGUUCUGCGCCGAUCUCGACAAGUUUUGCAAGUCCUACAAGAACUCGCCUUCCUCAAAGACUCGGUGGUAGAAUCUUCGUCAGCAAGUUUUGCCAGUUUCAUGCAGAACGCCGCCAAUGGCACCUUGGCCGACACCGAGGCCGUCGAGAUUGUGAAGCUCCUCCUCGACUACUCGCAGGAGAACCCUUCGGCGCCCAGUCGUCUUCUUUCAAAGGCUGGCGGGGCCUCAUUCAGUCUGGAUGAGGUCAAGGUGGCCGCCGUCGGCGAGAAAGAAGUCGACUUGCGGAUGGCCAGGGUGUCGAACCACCUGGAAAUUCUCCUGCGAGGACUCCGUCGACUGCGUUUUCUGGGUGUCGCCGUGCGCUCCUUCGAGAGCACUUCGCCUCCGGGCGAAUGUUCGACAUGCGGCGGGAUGCCGUUACACAAGGAAGGUCUGUCGGUCGCAACCCAAUGCGGCCACCUCCUGUGCGAACAGUGUCUCUCGGAGGAGUGCUGUGAGUUCGGGUUGACUGGAGACGUCAUUCCAGUCGACCGCUUCGAACUCCACGCGACCUCGGGGCCUCCCGUCUCGGUGACGGGAGCCAGAAUGCGGCUCGCCGUGGCCCUCAUCAUGAAGGCCACCCAGGAAGGGGACUCGGUCCUGGUUUUUGCCCAGUUCGAGGGCAUGAAGAACGCUUUCAUCAGGGCGUGCCGCGCGGCGGAAAUUGUUUGCCACGAUGGUUACCAAGGCGCUGAUGCGCGGGCGGCUGUGGAGACUUUCCAGCGGCUGAAGGAGCCUGGAGUCCUUGUUCUCAAGGUCGACAGCCCGGACGCUGCAGGUUGGAACCUCCAGCUCGCCAACCAUGUCAUCUUUCUGGCGCCUCUUGAGGCGGGCGAGGAGGAGCGGAAGGCCACCAUGGCCCAGGCUAUUGGUCGGUCAUGGCGACCGGGUCAGAAGAAGGUCGUUCAUGUCCAUCUUCUGACCGCCAUGACCACCAUCGAGCCUGGCAUGGUGGUCUGGGAGAAUGAGUAG